UAUAUUAAAUAUUCAAAUAGUAAUUUAUUUGACAUUGUCAGUAGAUGGCAGUGGAGAAGUAAAGCAUUGAUCGCCACGCGCUGGAGAUCAGCAGAGAAGAGCGCGCGCGCAGUUAUGGCAGGGUCACAAUCAAACUGGAGGCCACCACGUUCAUGUGACGUCUACUGGUGUGAAUUCAAGCAUUGCAAGAGUUUAUUCAACAGAUUCCAUGAAUACUACACCUACGGCAGAGCGCCGGACUGCCAGCAGUGGAAAGAAGACUAUUACACCUGCAAAGAGUGGGAGAAAAACCACAGCACACAGGCCAAGGAAUCCCUCCAGGAGAGCGAGAGGAAGCGAGUUGCCGAGCAGAGGAAGUUCACUCCGGUCUGGGAGCUUCGACAGACGCCUCCGGCUGAUUGGCACAUGCCGCUCAACCAGGGCAAACCACAGGACUCAUAAAGGACUAUUUAAGACACGAGAAAGUACUUGAGUUGCUGGGAAUCUCCUCACACUACCUCUCCAGGACUGAUGCACUUCUGUUCCAGUGCAGAUCUGAUUUUCCUGAUGUUUAGUGCAAGGCAUCCUAAAAAUCCUGAUCAACCUGAAUAUCGAAUUAAUAAAGCGAACACCUGAAGUAUAA